CGCGUCUACGCUCGUGAGGGGUGGUUGUCGGUCGCUCUUCGCCUGGACACCUGCUUUACGCUCACCUUCGCGGACCCGUUCCCGCCACUCCAACCCAAAACACCGCUCGUUCUCACGUUCCCUGGGCGGCACGAGUGUAGCCUCCUCACCUGGGAUACCUGUUGACGUGUAGUUUAUUUGGGUACAGGUGGAAUAGGCGAUUUGUGAAGGAGUUUUGACGGAGACGAGAAAAAGUGUUUGGGGUAGCGCUGUGACCAUAUCCAAAGCCCGCCAACCCGCCUGAGUCUCGUCCAUGUGUGGUGUCCGAACUUCUCUAAGCCUGAAACUCAAGCCCCAAAGAGAGAUUUAGGGCUGAAACCUGAAACUUACAUCCCCAGAGAGAGUUAGGGAUUGUAAAAGAGGAUUGUGGGGUGAAAAUGAAGCUUAGAUGAUGAAGUUAUCAAGCGUGUGUCGCCUCUCUCGACCAUGGACUUAGUGAGGUCGACAACUGGACUUCCCUGUGGACUGAUUCCCAUGUGUGUAUGUGUUUGUGUGUGUUGGUGACCCCCCUCCUCCUCCUCCUCCUUUUUUGAUCUCCCGCUGCUACCGAAAAGGAGAUGACCGCCAGGAUGUUACCUCCACUACCUCCACUGUCAUCUCCACCGCCGCUGAAGUCCUGGAGAUCAACCGCAGCAUCCUCCUCCUCCAUCUCUCAUCUCCACCUGCUCCUCCUUCUCCUCCUCUUCCUCCUCCAGCCUCCUCUUGGCUGGACGCUCCCGCAGAGUUUCCGCUUGACUCCUCAGAGCGUGGAGGUCGUGGCGGGCAGCGACGUGACCCUGCACUGUGAGGUGGAAAACCAGCAAGGGAACGCGCAGUGGACGAAGGAUGGAUUCGCCCUGGGCUUCAACCGCAGCAUCCCCGGCUUCCCGCGCUACACGGUCCUCGGGGAAGAGUCUGCCGGCAUCCACAACCUCCGCAUCACCGACGUGCGCAUGCUGGACGACGGCGAGUUCCAGUGUCAAGUAACGCCCUUCGGGAACGCCAGAGCCAUACGACACGCCGCCAACCUCACCGUCCUGCUGCCGCCGACCAGCGUGGAGAUCGUGGGCCACGCGCCAGACGCCAUCAUCAACGUCAAGGCGGGAGACUCGAUCACACUAGAGUGUCUUAUAAGAGAUUCGAAACCCGUGUCGAGGGUGACGUGGUACCGAGGACAUGAGCCGCUAAGACUGGAUACCCAAGAUGACAAGAAAGAGACGUCAUCCACGGACACGCAUCUCUCCUCGCUGCGCUCCAAGAUCACCUUCACGCCCACGCACGGUGAUAACAGCCUCGACUACAGCUGCCACGCCGCCCACCCUGCCCUCACGCACUCCUCCACGUCCCUCACCGCCAGAGUCACCCUCGAUGUGCACUACCCGCCCGGCGCCCCUGAGAUCACGGGGUACACUGAAGGCGAGACCGUGCGAGCCGGGGACCGCAAGACCCUGACCUGCAGAUCCCGAGGCGGUAACCCGCUUCCCGAGGUCUUCUGGUACAAGAACGGCGCGCAGAUCGACAAGAACUUCAUCAAGCACCGCAAGUACGCCGUCAACGAGUACGAGUUCGAGGUAUCGGCUUCGGAUAACUUAGCGAAAUACGAGUGCCAGGUGUCCAACGUUAUGACCCGGGAGCCGAAGAAAGCCGAGAUACAACUUAGCGUCCACUUCGCCCCUUCCCAAGUCACCAUCGACGGCCCUACUGAAGCCAAAGUAGGGGACAUGAUUUCCAUCAGCUGCGUGGCCGAGAACUCCAACCCACCAUCAGACGUCAACCUCGUCAUCAAUGGCCAAACCCCGCCCGGCGCCACCUCGCGGACGUACAAGGUUGAUCACGGCGGCUGGAACACUGUCACCAACCUCACAAGUUACGAGGUGCGGCCCAUCGACUCCGACCUCACCGUGAAUUGCUACGCGCUCAACCAGGCUCUCGGCUCCACCAAGAUCAACACUCAAGUCGUCAGUGUGUUGCGACCUCCAGACCCGCCCGUCAUUCUGGGAUACGAGCCCGGCAAAAUGCUAAAAAAGGGCAGUCCCAAGCGGCUGUCCUGCGUCUGCAACGGCGGCAAUCCACUGGCCACCCUCACCUGGUUCAAGGGCGCGCAGGAACUAACCUCCACGACGCGCCACGAGGCCGGGAGUGCGAUAGCCGACGUGGACCUUACCCUGAGCGAGUCCGACAACAACGCCGAGUACCGCUGCGAGGCGACCAACUCUGCCACCGAGGAGCCGCUUGUCAACUCGACCCGCCUCAGUGUGAUGUUCCCUCCCGCCGCGGUCAAGGUGUCCUCGGAGCCGCGGGAUGUCAAGGCCAACACGCAGACGACCCUCGUGUGUGAGUCCGCCUCGAGCAACCCGAAGGCGAACGUGACGUGGUGGAAGGAGGGAUUCGAAGUGGGGCCGGGCGACUCCCUCAUCAGCUCAGGACAGUUCGGCGGCUUCACAACCACGUACAAGGUGCAGGUGAACGUGACCGCUAAGGACGACGGAACGGUCUUCACGUGCCAGGCUGAUAACCAUUUCGGAACGACGACCCACGACGCCAUUACACUCUCGGUUCUUUAUCCGCCGGUGUGGGUGAAGGCGCCGCAGAAGGAGAUCUCCGUGACCGAGGGGAGCGGCGUCCAAGUCAACGUGAGCGCACAUGGUAACCCCAACGACGUGGCUUACCUCUGGCGGCGCGGGGAGGAGGUCGUGAAAGGCGACUCAUACCUCAACAUAUCCAGCGUGACGCGUGACCAGGCGGGGACUUACACCGUCGAGGCCAGCAACUCCCAGGGCAAAGUGGAGGCCAACUUGACUAUUAAUAUCAAAUACGCCGCCACGAUCAGCUCCAUAUCCGAGGGCAAGAACCUGAGCGUUGGGGACUCGGUGACGCUCUUCUGCAAGGUGAACGCAAACCCCGACCCGGAUAUCAACUGGGUUCGCGAGGGAUACGAUUUUGGCAGAACCGAGCACAAGAAACACGCGUCCGAGAACGUGGUGGAGAUGACCAUAAAGAACGUGACGGUGGAGGACACGGGCGUCUUCAUCUGCAGCGCCAAGAACGAGAUCGGAGAGGCGGCCACGAAAAGUACAGCGGUCGUGGUGAAACACAAGCCAAUCAUAGCAAAGGCAGCGAAGUACCAGAAGGCGGCGGCGGAGGCGGGCCGGGACGCGCGCCUCACCUGUAGAGCCUCCGGGGCGCCCUUCGUGUCCUUCACCUGGUACACGAGGGACAACACGCCCAUCGAACCCGCCAUAUACUCGCGCUUCGACCACAGAUACAUCGUUGAGAAUUCCAAGCUGGUGGACGGCCUGGUGACCUACGAGAGCGUGCUACUCAUCAAGAACAUCACCACUAAGGACUACGGCUUCUUCGAGUGUCUGGCUCAGAACUCCCUCGGCUCCUCGCGCACCGCCAUCCACCUCGACAUCACAAGCCGCCCGGACACACCACUCGACCUCAAGGUUCUGAAUGCCACCCACAACUCCAUCGACCUAACGUGGACUCCAAGCUUCGACGGAGGACUCCCGCAGAAGUACAGGGUUCGAUACCACGUGACAGGAGCCGCGAGAUACCAGUACACGGACGUCUAUCCCGACAACGUGACAUCCUUUACGGUGACUAAUCUCGCGCUGGGCACAACCUACUCCUUCGCCGUUCUCGCCUUCAACGACAAAGGGGAGUCGGACUUUACAGAGCAAGACGUCCAGGCGACCACCUCCAGCACAGCACCUCCAACAGACACCCCGCCCACCGAGGCCCCAAGCGCUCGCAUCUCCGGCCUCAUCAUCAUCAUCGUCACCUUGGUUGGAACGGCGCUCAUCGUCCUUAACGUCGCCCUAGUGGCCUGUUUCAUCAAGCGACGUGCCAGAAAACGACUAACAGCCUCCUCGGACAAGGCCUCGAGCAAGAGCACCACCAUAGAGAUGUACGCGCCAUCCUCCUACACGGGGACGGUCACUGGCGAGACUCUUUCCUCUAUUUCUGAAAAGUCGAGGGAAAGUUACACCCAUGAGGACUCCGCCGACGAGUACGAGGCCGAGGCAGCUAGAGUCACAGCCACCAGCACGUACCUUAUAGAGCAGCUCGAGCCCCCGCCCCAGUACGCCAGCCGCCCGCCGCCGCAUAUCCUCCCGCCGCCUCCCUCGCAUAAUGACCUCAACAUGGAUGAUGGGUACGAUGAUGUGCGUCGGAACCAGUACAACGCCGCGUUAGACCGAGCGACAGCAGCGGGCACGGGCGGGUACGGAACGCUUGGUCGCCGCGGCACGAGCACGCCCGACCACUACAACAUCCCCGCCUCCGACCCUAUGUACCCGCUGUCCACGCGAUACAACACCUACCAGCCGCCCACGCACGCCCCGCUCACCGCCCACUCCCACGCCCUCACGCAGAACAACGGCUCGCUGAGGAGGAACGCGCCCUCCAAGCUUCACUUCCCCAAGGACUACAUCAGAAACGGGUCCAUGAAUAUCCCCGUUUCGUCCACCUCGUCGCCGGCCGCCCAGUACCCCGCGCAGUCGCCCACUCGCUCCCACCCGCCGCCCCACGCCCCCAUGCUCUCCACCUUCGCCCCUGAUGCCGCCCAGCCAUCGCCCGUGGGGGUCGGCGUGCCCCUGGAGCACCGGGGGCACCUGGUGUGAGACGGGGGGCGGAAAACCUAGUGACUUGUUUAUAUGUGGCGGAGGGAGGGUAAGGGAGGGUGAGGAAGGCAAAGGAGAGCGUCUUAGUGCGGUGAGGUGAUGAGGGACUGCCAUACGUGGCGCCCUUACCCUCACCCUUGCCGUUGCCCUGCCCCCCUUCAAGGCCUCCAGUCAGGUACGAUGAACGCUACCUGUUGAGGCCGCGGCAUGGCACAGCGGCGUCGUGGGACCGUCCCUUGAAUUAAUCUUUCCCGGCGUGACGGUGGUGAGCCGCGCGCGUCGAGCCGUCAAGGUCCACGACUACACUUUUCCGCCAGUCUGUUGGAUCACCGCCGCCGCCGCCGCCGCCGCUGCCGCCGCCGCCGCCUCGGACCACCGUCACCGCCCCGUGAAAAGAGCCGCGACGUGUCUAAAUCCAGAGUGCGAGUGCCAAAGUGAGAGGUAGAGGGAGAGAGGGAGGUGGAAAAUCAAUUGCCGACGACGUGUUUCUCUCCCUCCUGUGACACGCGACGCAGCCCAGUGAGAUGAGCGAGGAGUGGUGGGCGGCGGCGUGGCUGGCGAGCGGCGGACGUGGCUGGCGGAGGGAGAGAGGCAGAGAGAGGGAGAGGGUCCACGCCAAUCAGCUUCCCGUAUACCCCCUGAUGGAGCUCUCAGUGGACGGACGCCACAAGCCAGACAGUGAGUGAGGAGGAGGAGGAAGAGGAGGAGGAGGAGGAGGAGGAGGAGUGCGAUUAUCACUAACUUUCAACAUGAUGCAACGAACGUCAUCUCAACCUCUCGUUCUUCCCAUACGAAAACGAGGAAGAGGAGAAGGAGGAGGAGGAAGACGAAGGAGGAGAAAGAGUACCGUCCCUUCCUUCCUCCCUCCGUGUCCUAAGUCUCCAUGUCCCAAAACGCUGAGGAAACUGUGACACGUAGCAUGACAGCACAUAUCAAGACCCUCCCUUCAUUGGCUUGCCGAGAAACGUGUGAUAUUUUAAGACCGUGGAAGAGAGGAACGGUGCGAUGUGAGACCCGUGUGCGUGUGUGUGUAUAUACGUUUUCUCUUCUACUUCUCUCUCUUUCUGUGUCUCUCUCCCUCCCUCCCUCCUCUCCAAACACACGCCAAUGCUCAAAAAUGUGAUGUAAGAUAAAUGUAUUCCUUAGAGGAGAAGGAGGAGAAAAAGGAGGAAGAUGGAGAUAGUGGUGAUACUCUUCUCCUCCUACUUCGUGUGUGACUCCAGUGGCGGUGAUGAAAGUGCUGGUGUUGUGGUGAUGAAAAAAGUCACCACCACCACCACGGACCAUAGUGAACUUCAACUCCACCACGUACCACGGACUCAACCAAAACUAAAGACGAAAUAACUGUCCUUAGAAACCUCACUCAAAAAUCACGGACAGGCACGAGAUUGAGCAGCUUCAUCUCUCCUGGCCAUCCAUCCAAUCACGCCCCAUCCACGCACCUGUACGUGGCUAUGGGCGGGCGUGACAAGGACGUGAUACGGACGUGUGUGUGUGUGUGUGUGUGUGUGUGUGUGUGUGUGUGUGUGUGUCGACCGUUCGUUCGUUUUCUUUGUCAGAUGUUGUGUUCUUGUGUUUGUGUUUUUAUAUGGGGUUGAAAUUUGUGUUUCUGGAGUGUUGCGUGUCUUGUUUAGGGCGUCUGAGCUUGGUGGAGGUGUACAGUGUGUGUGUGUGUGUGUGUGUGUGUGUGUGUGUGUGUGUGUGUGUGUGUGUGUGUGAGUGAGAAAGCAAAUAAGUGAGUAAGUAAGUGAGUGAAUGAUUUAAAGAGUUUGUAAGCAAGAUAAUCAGUCAACCAAUAAGUGGGUAAGUGAAUGAGGGAGUUCGUAAGCUUAUGAAUCUACCAGUGAGUGAGUGAGUAAGCAAGUAAAUCAACCAACGAGUGAGUAAAUGAAUGAGUGAAUAAGUAACAGAAGUAAACCAAAACCGAGUCAACGCUUCAACAAGACAGCUCGACAGUGCCUUCAGAGGGCUGCGAAGUCUCUCAGUCUAGAGUCGUGAGGGAAGGAAGGAAGGAAGGCGAGGCGAGGAAGAAGUUAAGAAAGGCCUUGAGAACAGGAGAUUAGGUUCUUCACGCCACUCAAACCAAGAACAGUCAGUCAGUUAGUCAGUCAGUUAGUCAGUCAAAAUCUAAACUGCAGAAGAAGGAAGAAGAGAACGGAGACGAAAGAAAGGAAAGGAAACGGAAAUAAAAAGAAAGAAUGGAUGAAAGGAAGAUGAAAAGAACGAGUUAUCAAAAUCAAAACAGCAGGAGGAAAGGAAAAGGAAGAAGGAAAGGAAGAGAAAAAGAAGAAGAAAGGAAGUAUAAGAAUGAGAGGAAGGAAGGAGAAAUAGGCGAGUUGUCAAGACCUUUUCACAUCUAGGGUUAAAUAUCUCUUCAGUAUUUGGUAACUUAUAAGGUUUUGAGCACUUUUUUAUGGCUGUAUAUUAACUACCGAUCGGGAAUGUGUUUGUUAAGUGUCUGGCGAGUGGAAAUGGCUUGUGUUUUUGUCUUUUCUUCAUGUCUUAAUCGAUUUCUUGGCGGGUUUUGUUUUAGAGGCAAAUGACGAACGACUUUCUAUAGGAUUCACACCAACUCGAAUUACUAUUAUUGAUAUGACAUCGGAAAAACAACAAAUAUGGUCUUUUUUCUCGGUGUUUUCAUUUGUUUUCUUGCUGUUUUUUUCUUUGUGAUUUGAGACAACUGACGAACGACUUUCUAUAGGAUUCACACCAACUCGAAUUACUAUUAUUGAUACGACUUCGGAAAAACAACAAAUAUGGUCUUUUUUCUCUUGUGUUUUCAUUGAUUUUCUUGCUGUUUUCCUAUUUGUGAUUUGAGACAACUGACGAACGGCUUUCUAUAGGAUUCACACCAACUCGAAUUACUAUUAUUGAUACGACAUCGGAAAAACAACAAAUAUGGUCUUUUUUCUCGGUGUUUUCAUUGAUUUUCUUGCUGUUUUUUCCUUUGUGAUUUGAGACAACUGACGAACGGCUUUUUAUAGGAUUUACACACCAUCUCGAACUAUUAAUAUUAUUCCUCCGACUUCGAAAAACAAUCAAUACUGUCUUUCUUAGUUCAUUCAUAAUUGCUCAUCUUGUCAACGAAUGCUUAGGAGACGAGGUAGUUCAUUUAUUUAGGACUUUUCUCUACUAUUAUAAGUAACAGCAUAACUUACUUAAAUCGUAUGAAUAUGAAGCAAACUUAAACGAAACUUAGGAGAAUCGAACGUGAAACUGCGAGAAAACAAUAGGCAGAGGAUAGCAUUUUGAAGUUUUUUUUUAAGUUUUAAUUUGUUUCCUUUUUUUGUUGUUGUUUUGAGGAGAUUUUUUGGGAUAAACGAAACGUGAAACUCAGAACCGAACGUGAAACUCAGAAAGAAAAAAAUGAAACUUCGAAGCAUAAAAAUGAAAAGAGAAAAAGCGUAAGAAAGAAAGAAACUGAGAAGGAAAAACGAAACUAAGGAGAAACGGACAUGAAACUUCUAAGAAAAAAUGAAACUAAGAAGAGACGAACGUGAAACUGAGAGAGAAAACAAAACAGAGGGCAAAGAUUAUCCUUUUUUCUCUCUUUUUCUUUUUAUUCGCGCGGAUCAGCUGUGUUCCAAGUCGUGUCUCAGGCUGCUGUUGUUGUGUUGCGCCAGGUAUUCCCAGGUGUUGCGGGUUCCCUUCUGUUAUCUCUCCAUGCAACACAGUAUUCUUUUUUCCUCACUCGCUCUGUUAGAAUUCCCUCGAGUCAUAUUUUUUUCAAUUUUUUCCCUUCACUCUGUUCCCUCUACGGUUUUUUUUUCUCUCUCUCUACUAUAACACACACACACACACACACACACACACACACACACACACACAC